CCGGGUGCUCGAUGAGGUGACGAGAUGGGUGCCUCUGAGCGGGCGCCGCGGGCGAGGCCGUUGUCUUCAGCCCUCCCCUCCCGUGGCUCGUUUGUUGAGAAAACUUGGUGGGUAGGAAGGUCUUCAAGUUUCCACGUCGUCAAGAUUACGCUCGAUUUGAGGCCAAAAUCCAUGACCUACGAGAGCAGAUGAUGAACCACAGCAUGAGCUCCGGGUCCGGGUCCCUGCGAACCAAUCAGAAGCGUUCCCUCUAUGUCAGAGCCAUGUUUGACUAUGACAAAAGCAAGGACAGUGGACUGCCAAGUCAAGGACUUAGUUUUAAAUACGGAGAUAUUCUCCACGUUAUCAACGCCUCUGAUGACGAGUGGUGGCAAGCCAGGAGGGUCACGCUGGAGGGCGACAGUGAGGAGAUGGGGGUCAUCCCCAGCAAGCGGAGGGUGGAAAGAAAGGAACGUGCCCGAUUGAAGACAGUGAAGUUUAAUGCAAAACCUGGAGUGAUUGAUUCAAAAGGGUCAUUCAAUGACAAGCGUAAAAAGAGCUUCAUCUUUUCACGAAAAUUCCCAUUCUACAAGAACAAGGAGCAGAGUGAGCAGGAAACCAGUGAUCCUGAACAACAUGUUUCUUCUAAUGCCAGCGAUAGCGAAAGUAGCUGCCGAGGGCAAGAAGAUUUCAUUCUUUCUUAUGAGCCUGUCACAAGGCAGGAAAUAAACUAUACCCGACCAGUGAUUAUUCUGGGCCCCAUGAAGGAUCGGAUCAAUGAUGACUUGAUAUCUGAAUUUCCUGACAAAUUUGGCUCCUGUGUGCCUCAUACUACGAGGCCAAAGCGUGACUAUGAGGUGGAUGGCAGAGACUAUCACUUUGUCAUUUCCAGAGAACAAAUGGAGAAAGACAUCCAAGAGCACAAGUUUAUAGAAGCCGGCCAGUACAAUGACAACUUAUAUGGAACCAGCGUGCAGUCUGUGAGAUUUGUAGCAGAAAGGGGCAAACACUGUAUACUUGACGUAUCAGGAAAUGCUAUCAAGCGGUUACAAGUGGCCCAGCUGUAUCCCAUUGCCAUCUUCAUUAAACCCAAGUCUCUGGAACCUCUGAUGGAGAUGAAUAAGCGUCUAACAGAGGAACAAGCCAAGAAAACCUAUGAUCGUGCAAUUAAGCUAGAACAAGAAUUUGGAGAAUAUUUUACAGCUAUUGUCCAAGGCGACACCCUAGAAGAUAUCUAUAACCAAUGCAAGCUUGUUAUUGAAGAGCAGUCUGGGCCUUUCAUCUGGAUCCCCUCAAAGGAGAAGUUAUAAAUUAGCUACUGCACCUCCAACAAUGACAGAAGAGCAUUUAGAAGAACAAAUAUAUAUAAUAUACUACUUGGAGGCUUUUAUGUUUUUGUUGCAUUUAUGUUUUUGCAGUCAAUGUGAAUUCUUAUGAAUGUACAACACAAACUGUGUGAAGCCAUGAAGGAAAAGGAGGGGCCGAAGUGUGGGACAGAAAAGACACUGCAAUAUGCGGGGAAGGCUUUGGUUUGCUCAGAGUGCCAGGUGUAGGGACGAACCUCUGACGGGCUUCGUGCCCAAGAGAUGGGCAGCCUCCUCACCCAGCAGAUGUCCAGAGCUGACUUAGCUGCCGAGCUCCCUGUGUUUUUCGCUUUAAAGAAAAGUUGCCAGCACUUUAACUUCACCAACCUUCCCGUUACCCACAUCUAUAAUUGGUACAGUUCAAAUUUUAGAACUAUGCACAUCCUUUGAUUUCUUUACAAGCAAAAGAAAGAAUGGGGGAGGGGAAGGAAAGGAGUCCCUUUGAAGACGGCAUAACAUUACUAUCAGGGAAGGAUGAGUGUGUAGUUUCUUUGCCUGGCAUCUACAAAGAUGAGCAUUUCAUAAAGUUCACACGUGUGUGGAGGACUGACCUCACUGGGAGGAGGGGAUUCCACCUGGGGUUAGCUUUAUGAUUGUUUAUUGUCUAUUUUGCCAUUUAUAAACUGAAAGAAGGCACUAAAGAUGAGAAUAAUUUAUACAAUAAAAAUAUAUUAAAUGUAUAGAAGCGAAUUUCUAUAGGUUAAAAAAAGUUUUGUGAAAUAUUUUGUAAAGAUUAAUUGAAAGACUAAAUGUAUGCACUAUCUGCAGAUGAUCCAACUCAAGAACAGAAAGUUGCACUCUCCCUUUCGUUGCCAAUGAUCCACUAAGAGCAUCUGAGUUCCUUCUGAAGCCUGACAAAGACUUCUCCCUCAUUACCUCCCGCGAUCCCCCUCCCACCUCAGAGAUACACUCUCAUGGAGCACAUCCCUUAAUGAGUUGCCCUCGUGGAUAUUUUUGGAGGACAUUUGCUUAAUGCAAUUUUUUCAAGCUGAUGGCUUUCAGAGACAAAUUCAUACAAAUGAUGUAAAGGAAAGUUUUUGCUUUUUUUCUUGUUAAAUACCCUGGGCCUGCCAUGCAAAUAGCUGAACAAUGUUGUUCCUAGUAACUUACAUACAAUUCUUAAAGGAUCAUUUAGUAUUUUGGCUGUCAUGAAUAAUUAGGACUCUUUUGUCUGUUUUAUAAGUAAACUGAGGGUUUUUGUAAGGGCCAGAGAAGGUGCAGAGCCAUGGAGAGAUCUGUCCUAAGAUGCAAUAUUUCUUUGAGGAGGAGAGAGAGAAGGGGAGGAUCUGACAGGAGCGGGUGAGGGGUGCAGACUUCUGUUUCUGUGUACAGGACAAAGAGAUAGAACCACCAGGAAAGACCAUUAAUGACUUCGAGCUCAACCAAUUGAACUGCCUUUCUUGGGGGCUGCACCUGGACCAAGUUUAUUUUUUAGCAAUUAUAACUAUGAUGAUUUAAAAAAAAAAAAGAAAGAAACUUCCCGAAGCCUAUCUCCCACUUUAGAGCUGAUGCUGACAUCAGCAUUGCUUGCACCCCAGGUGUUUAGAGAGAGAGACUUUUCAGUGAUCUCUAUAACUACUCAACUCUGGGUCGUAUGCGUGCCCAGCCUAAGCCCCGUCGCCUUAUUUCUGGGGUACAUCCAGACCUGGCAGGAAUCUGCCACACUGUGCAGUGAACCAGCACGCCGGCUGGGAUGGGAGAGUGAGGCAGAGCCAUCAGCAGUGAUGGGGCUUCUUCACAGGAAGCGCAUCAGAGCUCAGAAUGAGGGUCUCUUUCCAAAAACAAGCAUUUUUCAUCUGACACUAAAACACCACAGUCUGCCUGGCUGCAGUCACCAAAACAGACACAAGAGAUGCAAAAUCAUGCACCUACCUAUAGUCUUGAGGCUGCCUUUACCAAUGGAAGGGCUAGCAAUCCAUUUUCCCUCUGAUGAAAGUUAAAUUUCCCAAGACUUCCUUAGGGUGUUCAAAAUGUCAAAAAUGUAGCCAUGUCUGCAAUUCGCCAGUUUCAGGUCAAGGCCUACUUUCAUCCAUCUUUGCUCCCAGAAGUGUCCGCCACCAGAAUGCCAUUCCUGAUCCCAGCUCUACUUUUAGGCCACCAUGAUAACUUCUUUGGUUUCUCAACUGAGCAUGCAACCAUUUAUUUAAAGGACUGUCAUUAAUGAAUAGAUGUUUCCGCGGGUCGUGUGACGUGCUUUUCCAUUUAAUAUUAAGUAUUGCUGUGGCUGAGUACAAUCAAAUUGAACCACCAACCCUUGGUUUUGUAGUAAUACAAUUAUUUUCCUAGUGUAGAUGCUUCCAGAUAAGAAUUGGCAUUUGCACUGAUUUUUUUAUGUAGAUUUAUAUAAAUAUAUAUAGACAUAUAUAUUUGCUUGAAGAAUCACCAAGCCAAUUGGUGAGAGGGUCUUUUCCUAUAGAAUUUACACCUCCAUUUGUUGUGUUGUCUUGCGCUUCCCAAUGUUGAGGUCUCCACGGCUCCAACACACGGGUGUAUUUUGCCGCAGACCCGAUGACUUAAGAUGGAAAUGGCGCGAAAGCUACCCAGAUUACAACUGGUGCAAAUGCACGUGGAGCCUGGGGCCAGACUGGUGCUAACACCGCAAACUUUGUCGAGAGCUCUCUCCAAUCUGAAAGCUUGCUGGGGGCGCAAUGUCACCUUCACACGCUGGGCCCUUUCGGAAAAGUGCCAGAUCGUGUCACUGGUGCUAUUUUUCAUGCUCUGGUACAAUGUGUAGCACCACGGGGGUCUCAGCUUUACCAAAAUUGAAAAUCCCACUCGUCAGCUAAUCGCAGGGGCAUUUGUUUCCGGCUCUCCUCGCGCGGGAUCUGUGGGCCAUUUCUUUGCAGGCCUUUCCUCCCAGCCCUCCGCUCUUGGGUUGGCUCUGUUGGGUGCGCCCAUCUUUACGGAGCUGCACUCAGGUGCCUGUGAGCUGUCUUGGAUCCCACUGCCAGCCCUUCAGGACUCCGAGCCAGGGGGGAAGCUCCCCACUCCUAUGGCUCUGGCCUCUGUUCUUUUCCUCUCAUUCUUCCCCUCCUGGUUCUAGCGCAUUCCAUGUCUUGUAUGUACCUCUCCCUUCAGCCUUCCUUCCUGUCUCCUCCGAGUCAUUGCCUGUCCCCCGCAUCCCUUCCUUACUCCCUACCCGCUGUUGCCUCAUCUCUUUGUCCGUCUCUCCCACCGUCUCAGACACUCCCCUGCCUCUUCCUCUGUCUCCACCGUUUCUGUGCUUUCUCUUCUCACAUCUCUGACCGUCUCCUCUCCCAUAACCCGCUCCUUAAUUUUUCUGUCCUUUAAGGGCUCCUGGCUGAUUCAGACAGCAAGUCCACACGCUGGACUCAUGACACAGAUUCUUUGGGUCACCAUUUUCACCCAGGCAGCCCAGAAAGCAAAGCUGAGCGUGAAUGAGGUCCCGGCUGGAGCCAGCUCCAGCAGGCCUCCCCGAGCCAGCCUGCACCGCUGCCCCGGCAGUGACGAUGCACGCGCCCUGGGCCCUGCCAGCACCUGGGUCCCUUUCUGCCUGAAGCCUGGUCCACAGGGAGCCCACUCCCAGCACCAUCCCAUGGUUCCAAGGACACUUCCUUUCGCUAAAGGCAGACUCCAGCCCCAACAGUUGUUCUGACAGCAAACCUCUUUCUUCUCAUGGAAGCCAUGCCAUCACCUUGGUUUGGAGAGAGAUAUUUUUUUCUCCAUUCAUAAGCUUUCUUUUUCCUCUUUUCAUCUGAAGCUCCCUCUGCUUUUCAGCUGGUGAUUGCUCUGGUGAGAUUGAAUGGACUUGCUGGUGAAAUUACAUCUCUUUUUUCUUUUCCUGUCUUGGUCCUGCCUAAAUUCCUACAAAAAUAUUUAAGUCAGAGACUCAGGCUAGUUCCUAAGUUCAUCAUAGUAAUUUGUCACUCCUACAGGAACAAAAGGGGACAUUUCCCUUAAGCAUGUGGAGUCCCUCCUGUGACAAUUGAUUUGAAAGAGGACUCCCUCCAGAAUUCUGUGGAUAUACAUUUUAUUUCUGUGUAUGUAUGGUAUAUGUGGUUUGUAUAUCAUGUAUACACAUACCACAUUGGGUACACAUGAAUGUGGAUGGAAACCUACCCACACACUUUAGUCUGUAAAUAUCCUUCCUCACUGAGAACUGUGUUUGGAAAUCAUUUUCUGUACAGCUGUGCAGUUUCUUGUAGCAGCUGAGGACAAGCUUAAGACAGGUUGAAUGGUUUAGACAAAGAUCAUCUAAAAGACAGAAGACAGAAUCUCCCUAGCAACUCAUGAGGACAGACAACCAAACAGCAAGCUUGGCUCCCAAUGAGAGGGCGAACUUUUCUCCUUUUUGAAUCUGUGUUUACUAAACGCGUCUUAACUUCCGAGUGCACCAGGCUGUAUGCGUGAGAUCCUUUCAAUAUGCCAAGUUUUGUAACAGUUUUCUCUCUGACUGGAUGCUUCUCCAUUGUGCAGGAUGGGAGGGAGGGGGAACACUCCUUGCCUGGGCUGGAGUUUACAGAGACACUGCACAGCUUACACUCCUGUUAAGUGUAAAUAUUCGACACUUCCAUUCCAUUUGUGUAAAAAAUAAAGCACACACGAUUAUAAAAUCAAGAUGUAUAUUUCAUA